AUGCACGCUGACCGCGGUGAUUGCUCUACAACCUACCACGUCACCCACGCGUCGUUGACCCCGUUGGCCCGCUCCCCCUGCGAGCGAGGCAACACACAGUACGCGCUUGCACUCGCCAUCGACGACCUGCGCCGACUCGACCCGCAACUCGAGCGCGACCAGAUCAACGUCUUGACCACACCGGGCCGCGGAUGUAAGUCUGCCAAGCUGGUCCGCGCUCUCGCAACCUGCCUCACGAGUAGCCAGCGACCACUGCUUUGGCCCACACGUGACUCGAGACCCCCACACUGACCUGCCUAGUCGCUACUCACUAUCCUCUCGUGCAGAUGGUCAAGUUGAGUGCCUUCUUUGCUCCAACACGACCGAGCUAGGUCCCAACAAGGCACUGCCCGAUGGAGGGCUCGUCAACGGCAUUGGCUCCUAUCGCAACUUCAAGGCGCGUACCCCUAGCAAAUCAUCCCCACCCUGCGCGUGCCGAAUUCGAGACUGAUACUCUCUCGCUCCUCACAGACCCAUCUCGAAUCGACGCGUCACAUCGUGGCUCGUAGGGCAAAGUCGAACCCCUCUUCCACCAGCUCGGCCACACCGGUCCCAAAGUCGAACCGGGCCGUCGCCGGCACUUCCUCCUCGACGACCAAAGCCGACCCCAAGUCGGCGCUCCUGUCCUCGGACUCGGAUUCGGAUUCCGACAAGGGUGAUCCUUGGUCGUCUUCGUCUCUCGCGAAACGUCGCAAGGCAGCUGCACUCGAUUCCGACGCCGACUCGGACCUCGAAGUCGUGCCCAAAUCGGCCUCCUCGAUCGCACCCGCCAAGAGACCUCGCACCUCGCACCCGGACCCCGUCGACCCAGCCGCCGUGGCUCAACUCAGCAAAGAUGUUAAAGAGUUUGCGGAAGCGAUUGUGGCCGGCAAGAUCAAUCGUAUCGCGGUCGUGCAGCAACGUUUGGAUCUCAAGGUCCGAGCCAGGGCUCUAGGCGUCGACUGGGACAAGACCUUCGCUCCCCUGUUCUACCCUGCAGGCCACGCUGCCGGUGCUGUACCGAGCGCCUCGCAAACGCCUUCGGCCUCGAUGAGUGCAACCCUGGCGAGGCUACAAAGCGCUACAUCGGCACUUCCGAACCGAUUCUCAUCCUCGUCCUCGUCUUCCAAGUCCCAGUCCGCAAACAAGGAAUUAUGGUCCUCUUCACCAUCCUCCGCAUCGUCCAUACCGAGCUCGUCCGGGCGCUACACGUCCAAGGAGAACUACAACGCCCUCGAAGCGGCGAAACAAAGGAUCAGGGAGAAACGUCAGCGACAAAAAGAAGAGAUGCAAGGCAUUCGACGCAAGUCAGACACCGCUCCACCUCCUCCGCCGGCCCCACCCUUGUACUACGAACGAGCGGCACAAGCCGCCCAGGCAGCCGCGCCCACGGUGCCGCCUGCAUCUUCUGCCCCAUCUGCGUCCCUGAUCCCCGACAUGCCCAUGGUCGACCCAACCGAUCCCUUCGCGUCGCAAGGCUCUUGGACUUAUACGACCGUCAAGUACGAACCUCCUCCCGCCUCGGCCGGCCGUCGCCCUGGUCCGUUCGUCCCUUCCAUGAACGACUACUCGGCGGUCGAACACGACCAUGGGCUGCCUUCCGCCUCAACUUCGUUGGCAUUGCAGCGCCAACCCUCUCAUGGUGCACUCGCCGCUGUUGCCGCUAGCGGUCGCGGAACCAAGGUAGGGGCUUCGGCCGUCAAUGCCGCUCGCCCGCGAGCUGGCGGCUUCAGUACUGCGGUACGCAACAUGUUGCUCGAGGCCCAACUCAAGCGCGACCAAGAGGCGGCACAAAAACGUCGCGAAAUCCAGAUGAAGGAACAACAUGCCCGGGAGGCGACGAUGCGCGAGGCUCGAGAAUACCGAGAAGCUCUGCAGCGCGCGAACCAAGAGAUCGCUCCUUUGGCCGACGCGUCCACGUCCCAGGGUAAAGCUGCCUCGCAUGCCGAUCAUCUUGCCACUUUGGCUGAGAUGGCCGCGAGGAGGUAUUGGCGCCCCGAGGAAGGCAUCAUCGACUCGACGCUCGAUGCCUUGUCCGUCACGCAGCUGAACAUGAACAGAGCCGAUCCGGACGAACAGAAUGAAGAGUUCCGCGUCAGGCAACAGGACAUUGACGAGUGGUUCGCGCCGGCGCGUCAGACGACCCAUCAUGCAAGUGUCACGGUCAAGCAUGCGGCGAGGACUUUGGGUCUUGAAUCGCAUCAGUCCAUCUUGCCAGGUUUCAAAUAUCCUCUGUGCGAGUUCCAGAUCGUUUCUGUCGCGUGGAUGGGACAGCAAGAGGAGAGCAAGCUGAGUGGCGGGAUCAACGCCGACGAGAUGGGACUGGGCAAAACGGUGCAAAUGCUCGCGGUUAUGGCCAGUCUUCGAUCCAAAGAUAAAGAGAUCUGUACCAAUCUCAUUGUUGUCCCCCUGGCGUUGAUCGCGCAGUGGGAGAACGAGAUCGCCAAGUUUGUUGAAGGGUUCAAGGUCCACGUCUACCACGGCUCGAAAAAGGCCAAGACGGUUGAGGAGUUGACCAAGUAUGACGUUGUCUUGACAACCUACAACACUCUCGCUGGCGAGUGGCAAGACCCUGCUAAAGAGGGUUCAGGUCAUGGAUUGCUCUUCAAGCUUUGCUGGUAUCGUAUCGUGAUUGACGAAGCUCGUGAGUUUUUAUUUUGCGGAGUGCUGUCGCGGCGGCAUAGCCAACUAACCACCUUGCGGUCCCAUUACCAGACUUUAUUCGAAAUCGUAUGACGAAGAUGUCGCGAGCAUGUGUCGAGCUCGACGGAGUCUUCCGUUGGUGCCUCACCGGCACGCCAGUCAUCAAUUCUUUGGCCGACUACUUUCCUCUUCUCAAGUGAGGAAGAAUGUCGAGUGUCGAGCGUGCUGACAGAAUGCUGAAGCUCUCAGAUUUGCCUCUUCGCUAGAUUCCUUCGCAUCCGUCCUUGGACGUCGUGGGUACAUUUCCGGUGAGUGUUCUAACUACAUGACAUGACCCCGUUGAGUGAGCACCGGGCUGAUGCGACGAUUGACUGUUCAACAGCGACUACGUCGUCAAGCUCGAGAAAUCCAAUCUGAUCGAAGCCGGCAAACGAUGCAACACGAUCGUCGACCGAGUGACGAUUCGUCGACGCAAGGACGACAAGCUCGACGGCAAGCCCCUCGUCGAGCUCUUGCCCAAGACUGUCAAUAUCGUCCAUCUGCGCUUCACCGACGAUGAAGAGCGUGAAGCGUACGAUGAGGUUGAGCGACAGGCUCAGGUUAAGAUCUCCAAGUGGUUGAGGCAAGGGACGCUGCUGAAGAACAUGUCGUGCAUCUUUGUGCUCAUCCUACGCUUGCGCCAAAUGUGUCUUCAUCCGUCGUUGAUCGCCGUCGAAGGGACGAGCCAGCUCAACAAGGAGGACGAGUACCGCAAGGCCGAGACGCUGUUGUCGCCCGAGUCGAUCAAGCGACUGUUGGACGAGCGCCUGAGGAUCGCGAUUGCUCGAGAGGCGAUCGAGGACUUUGAGCUCGAGGAUCCAGUCGACGAGGAGUGCGCAGUUUGCUUCGAGCCGAUUUUGCCUCUCAGUCUCGGCGGCGAAGGCGUCGUCACCCCUUGUGGCCACUGCUUCUGCCGCACAUGCUUGAUCGAGAUCCUGAGGGAGGCUCACCGCGAGUUGGACUUCGGCGAUAUGUUGGGUUACCAACAGGACGAGCGACCGUGUCCGACGUGUCGUGCACCCUUCAGCGAGGACAAAUUGAUCGAGAUUGAGGCCUUCGAACCCGACGCUCACGAAGUUCGUUUGGCCAUCUCCCGCAAGCCCAAGUCGCCCAAGAAGAAGGCCGAAGAAAAGGCCAAGUCCAAGCACCGGGCCGUCAUCGCCGAUUCUGAAGAGGAGGAGGAAGAAGAAGACGUUCUCGACGACAGCAGUGACGAUGACGUUUCAGACGUUAAGGAGAGCCCAUCGCGCAAGGCCCGUUCGGCGAGCCCAUCGGGUCGUGCACAACCUGCUCAAUUGAUCGUCAUCGACUCGGACGACGAGGAACUGCCUCCUCCCUCGGCCUUGUUGGCAAAGCUCGAAGUCAAGCCCAAGGUUGAGAAGGACGUCAAGCCCAAGCCCGAACGAGAGACCAAACCCGACAUUAAGCCUGAGGCCAAAUCCGACCGCAAACCCGAUAUCAAGCCCAAGGUCAUUGAUCGCAAGGGGAAAGGGAAAGCCAAGGCCGAGUCGGACGAUGACUACGUCUUUACCGACGUCGAAAACACUCAGUCCGCGCGCAGAACGAAAGCCAAGGCCGAGCCGUGGGAUCUGAAGCCCAAGAUCAAGCCUGACGUCAAGCCUAGCACGUCUCUCGAUUGGUUGAAGCCCAAGGUGAAGCAAGAUCCUUUCCGGUCGCCUGAGCGACUCCGUCCCGGUCAAGUCAUCUUCCAGCCCGUUGCCGAAGUUGAUGACAACGACGAUGUGGUCGAGAGGUCGUGGUAUCGAGCCGUCGGAAACAAGACCAUCAUUCCUUCAACCAAGGUGGGCGUUUGAGGCCGGACCAAUGAUCAGGAGCGCAGGCCCACUAAACGUUUGACUUGGAUUAUCGUCACAGAUGCAGUAUUGCUUCAAACAACUCAAGGCAUGGAAGGAGGAAGAUCCUGCCAUCAAGACAAUCGUUGUCUCGUCCUUCGUGUCUGGGCUCGAGAUCCUCGAUACGUAUCUCCGCGGCCGCGGUAUCGAAACGGUGCGGUACCAAGGCAGCUCAAAUGCGAUCGAGAGGAAGGAAGCCAUCCACCGACUGGACACAGACCCCAACGUCAGAGUGAUGUUGCUUUCGAUGAAGGGUAAGUCCUUUCGCAUCAGAUAGGACAUUAUGUUUCACUCAUUACGUUUUGUCUGAUCGUAUUCUCUUCCGCUCGUCCUGCAACAGCCGGUGGAGUCGGCCUCAAUCUGACCUCGGCAUGCCGGGUCAUGUCCCUCGAUCUCGCCUGGUCGGGCUCGACCGAACUUCAAGCCUUCGACCGCGUCCAUCGUCUGGGGCAGCGUCGACCGGUCCUUAUUGAACGCAUCGUGAUCGAAGACACGAUCGAAUCUCGCAUCCUCAGUCUGCAAGACCGCAAGAUGUUGCUCUCCGACAUGAGUUUAGCCGAGGGCAAAGCCAAGAACGGCUUGGCGGGAAUUAAAGUUCCCGAACUGUUGGGCGUGAGUUUCCCAUCAAACUGGUCUACGGUCAGAUUGGAAUUCUCACUUACGGUUGUGGAUGAUCUUGAGAGCAGUUAUUUCGUCUCGGAGUUGAUGGCAAACGACUGCAGACUCACAAAGGUCGAAUUAUCGGACAAGCGGGGGACCGCGAUCCGGGUUCCUCCGCCCCUGAAGACGAAGGCAAUCCGUGACGCGAUGAAUGCAAGAUGGCUGGGCAUCUGA